AUGGUUCAGCUCUUUAAGCGUCUCACCAUCACAGCCGCGUUCUUGGCAGCUCCUGCAAUCGCUUCUCCGGGAGAAAAGCAUGAUCCCCAUGUCCUGAAGUCGUUCUCUCGGUGGUUGCAAAAGCACUUGCAUGCCCGUGAGCUGAAAAACGCAACAUCGCUCGUCGCUCUCACACUGUCCAAACGCUUCAUCGGCCUCGCGGCAUCUCGCACAGCUCCCCAAAAAUGGCGCCCCGACCUUGCUGCCCUCGAAAGGGGGGGGGACUUCGUGGGACAGAACUUCAAGGAGGAGCUCUACUCGGAUGGUCCAGAUGGCCUUUUCGAGGUGCUGUACAUUCAUAUCAACACCUGCAAGCCCGUGUCCGAUUGCUAUAUUGGAGAUCUGGCAGGCCAGUGCCACCGGCGUGUACAGAGCAUCACCUCCAACACCGAGGAAUAUCUCUCCCUCGGUGAUGGGUUAGAUGAUGGAUUCUUUGCUUCGAUUCAGAUUGGAAUCAACGCGCCUGCUGCUUACACGGGUGCCACGUACCACGAUGCGGAUGAUGGCCAACAAGACUCGGAUAGUUUGUUUGGCAGUGGUGCUGGUCUCAGUCCCGCGCCCAGUGGUUCCGGUAUUCCCUCUAGUGGCACUAGAGCCUUUGGCCCUUCGCCUACUGCCUCUGCCCGAAAAGAUUGA